AUGGCUACCUCGAUCGUGGCCCCCAAGCGGCCUUUCCUUACCCUGCCGUUUCUGCUCCCUUCUUGGACGGAUUCUCUAGCGCUAGGGUCACGACGUUAUCAAUCUUCAUACCGACGCACCAAGCAACGUCUACGUGUUAAGCCGGAUGCCUCCUUCGGCCCGUCUCACGCCGGACAGGACCAGAUCAUCUACAAUCCGCCAUCCAGUGCUCCUACAGCCUAUCACACUCCUAACAAAUUCCUGCCCGCCGAUGAUGCUCGCAGAUCGAUGCUUGUCGAGAGCUUAAACUCCGUUACAUCCAAUGUCAGCGAACUCCCGGGCGUGUACAAGAGCGAGGCCGAGCGGAAAUACCACCUGACACCCUCGGACAUCGAAGAAAUCCGCAAUCUUCGAAUGAAUGAUCCUAUGACCUGGAGCAGAUACAAGCUGGCUAAGCGGUUUGAGUGCUCGCCGAUCUUCAUUGCCAUGGUUUGCGAGGCCAGCCCGGAAAAGAAGCAGAUGCAGAAGCAGGUGUUGGAAGCAGUGCAAUCACGAUGGGGUGUGAAGCGACGGAUGGCCAGGGAAGACCGACAGCUUCGUCGGGAGGCUUGGGGUCGGGAUGAGUGA